CCCAGCCCGGGCCUGUGCAAGAAGCUCGCUGGGAGCGCUUUGGUGUCCUAGCUGAGAGCGAGAUUAGAAACCAGGAAAGCCACUCGCGCGUGUGGCAGCGGGUGCAAGGUUGGCCGAAAGGCCCUUCCAGCUGCGAUCCCGUGUGCCCCGAUCGUGGGACCUGCGCACUAGGCCCCAGGAACCGACAGGAAACGUGCUCCGGGCCCCCCCGAGUCUUCUCGUGCUUAACCGCAACCACGGGAUCCUCUCCAGACUUCUGGAGAGACGCUUGCGCCGAGAAGGGGCUUUGCUAAUUGCAGGAAGUGAGCACGAGGAAGAAGUGGCAGAGAUCAAGAGGAGGGAAGGGAGGAGAAGGAGCAGCAGCAGGGCAGCGCACAGAGCCUUAGAAUCGCGCGUUGCCACAGCAGGAGAUUGGGUCCCGGCGAUCCUGCUGUUCUCUGGGGUCCCAGAGGCUGCCCAGCCCCGCUCGGACACUCGUCUCUCGGUCUUCAUGGCUUCUCCGGAUGACCCUCUGCGCUCAGAUCACAUGGCAAAGGAGCCAGUGGAGGACACAGACCCCAGCACUUUAUCUUUCGGCAUGUCAGACAAGUAUCCCAUUCAAGACACCGGCCUCCCUAAAGCCAAGGAGUGUGAUGCAGUCACUUCCAACUGUCCACCAAAUUCUGAUGAUCAACAUCAGAAUCAGGGAGAAGAAAAUGAUUUUCCAGACAGCACUGGAGAUCCCCUUUCAGGUCCUACAGGACGGAAGAGAAAACGGUCCUGCAGUUUGUUUCCUGACCUUCACAGGAUGUGGCACACAGGCGCCUGUGCACAUACACAGCAACAGCAAGAGUAAAUGUAAAUUAAAAAACUGUCAGGAGCACAGGGAUGUGUGCACAAGCAUGAGUUGGUCCUGGAACCCUCAACCUGGUGUCAGCAGAAACCAGCCAUGUAAGGAAGGCUGCUCUUGCUCCUCCUGUUUGCCCCGGGUCCCCACCAUCAGUGACUUGCUCAAUGAUCAGGACUUGCUAGAUGUGAUCAGGAUAAAGCUGGAUCCAUGUCACCCGACCGUGAAGAACUGGAGGAAUUUUGCCAGCAAAUGGGGCAUGCCCUAUGACGAACUCUGCUUCCUGGAACAGAGGCCCCAGAGCCCUACACUGGAGUUCUUAUUCCGGAACAGCCAGAGGACUGUGGUCCAGCUGAUGGAGCUCUGCCGACUUUACCACAGGGCUGAUGUGGAGAAGAUCCUGCGCAGGUGGGUGGAUGAGGAGUGGCCCCACCGAGGACACUCGGACAACUCCAUGCACUUCUAGAAUCCCCUUCUGGCAUUGGCCUUUCUGCUUGCUGGACCAGCAUGAGUCACAGGGAGUAUGUAACUGCUCUUAAGAUUUUUCAGAUGAGGUUGUAGAAUGGGCAGUGUUUGUCCCUGAAGCUGGUGGCUUGUGGAAGGAUGGGUUCUGUUUCGGUGGCAGGUAUUUGUUUCUUUUUGCACAUCUGUUUUAAUUUAAUAUUUGAACCUGGAAUUGGGGAAGAAUAUUUUAUAGGUUGCAUAGGGCCAAAGCCUAUGGUUUGGACAGAAUCAUGCCAGCAUGAAAAGAAAAGAACAUUCUCCUUAGAUACUGCUUAAGAUUGCAGCGGGAUCCCUAGCUGUCGAUGUCUCUGGACAUGUUCAUGUCAGCCUGUGCAAGAACCUUUGCAUUCCCGGCCUAGAGGAAGAUGGCAUGGAGAUACCCUAGACCUGGAAUUACAGGCAUUUAUCAGCCUCCAUGUGGGUGCUGGGAACUCGACUUCUGCAAGCACAGCGGUGGUUGUAAGUGUCCACUGAACUUGCCUUUCUAGAGUUGGAUCAAAACUGCCAGGCAGGGCUGGAGAGAUGGCUCAGCAGUUAAGAGUGCUUACUGCUCUUUUAGAGGACCCAUGUUCAAUUCCAAGCACCCACAUGGGGUGGCUCACAGCUGCCUGUAACACCAGCUCCUAGGGGAUCUCUUCUAAUCUCCAGGAGUACCCCCCCACACACACACACAGAGCAUAUACUCACACACACACACACACACACACACACACACACACACACACACACACACACUCACCUAGAAGUAAAUCUCUAAAAGACAAUGUCAAGCUAGGGCUGGAAAUGCAGCUCAAUUGGUAGAGUGCUUACCUAGCAUGACCAAAGCCCUGGGUUUGAUCCUCAGCGCUGCAUAAGCCAGCGUGGUGGUGCAUACCUGCAAUUCAGGUACCUGGAAAUGGAGAGUUUGAGGCCAAUCUUCACUAACUGUAACCCUGCUUCAUAAACAAAACAAAAUGUCAUGCAAGCUAUGUGCAGUGGUGCAUGACUGUCACCCCAGCAUUUAUCUUGUGAGAAUUUUUAAUUAUUAGAAGCAUGGAAUCAGCAGAGGGAAAUUUACUGAAGAUUUCUUCAAGUUCAUUCUGACUCUAAAUGUAAGAUGACUUUGAUCUGAGUUGCAUAAAGAGAGUCAGGGAGUAUUUGUAGAUGAAGUACAAAGCAGCUCAUUUAAAGCCAAUCAGUUCCUCAGAAGCAUGAAUACCCUGGAACUUCACAGGAGGGAGAGCAGGGGGGAAGGAGGUCAUUUUAUGACCGACUGAUUAAGUAAUUAUUGGAAGCUUAGUCAUCACCUUUUAAAUAUUUAUUUUUAUUGUUUUUAGUUACAUGUCUGUGUGUGAGUCUGUACACAUGAUAUAGGUGUUUGUGGAGACCGGAGAUGUCAGAUCCCUGGAGCUGGCAUUCCAGGUGGUUGUGAGUUGCCAGACGUGGGUAUUGGGAACUAAACCGAGGUCCUCUAAAUUGCAGUAUGAUGAGCUGUCUCUCCGCCCCAUCAUCAUUAACCCGUAAGUGCUUUCUAUCCUGGGAACCUGUGUUAGGUGAUCACAAUGUAAGCUGCAUGGGAUAAGGUUGUUUUCCUGUUACAAUGUUGAAAUCCCCUUAGCUAUGUUUCCAAAAAAAAAAAAAAUGUGUUCUUUAAGCAAAAUUUUCAUCUGUAAUGGUCAGUUAUGAGGCUAAAUGUUGUGUACAUUUUAUUUGGUUGCAAUAGUAAAGAGUCAAAUGAAAGGGAAGGACUCAAAGCCACACCGGACAGCUGUACACCCAGGGAGAGAUUACACACUUCUGGGGACCCACACUGGAGGAGGCAGACAAAACACGGCAUGCAGUAUUAGCAUGGUGAGGUUUUAACUAGUUAGGGCUUGCAGCUGUGCUAGGAUGUCCCACCUGUGCCUCUAAAAGACCCCAUACAAAGCAGCCACCUACUUCUGUAGCAAUGAAUAGUAAAACUCCUCAAUAAUACAGGAAAUCUAGCCAAAGACUGCAGUUCAUCCUGAACAGUAAUUUUUAAUAUAGUGCUGCCCCCUGCUGGAGGGUACAUUCUAAAUCGGUUUCCUUUUAGAGCCUGGGUUGGUUAGGUGCCGUCCAAGCAGCCCCACUAAGACAGAAAGAGAAAGGGUAUGGCUGCUCUAUCAUUUGGCACACAUAGACACUCUAUAAGGAUGACAUUGCUGAGAUGGGGGCUCCUGGCUCCAGGAUGUGCCCAGCAUAGUGGCUGCAGAAGAUCCCUGUGGCCUGUCAGCACUUACAUGGACUUGUCUCCACAGAACAGAAGGUACAGUUGUGUCUGUUGGGUCUCUUCCUCUCCCAGUUUAGCACCCAAGAAUACCAUGAUGCUGGAAUCUUCUCACCUGUCUUCAACCAGCUAUAUUAAAAAAAAAGUUGUGUUUCUAAAGACAGGAUUAGUAACAAAGAUGAAACAGAUUUUUCUCUUCUGUCCUCUCCUUUUUAGGCGAUUAAAAAGAUCUCAUUUGAUUUUGAGUGAAGUCUUUCUUUCCUCCAAGUCUUUUUUUUUUUAAAUCAAUCCUGUUGUCCCUGCUUUAAAAUUUUCCUCCCAUUUGAGGAUAUGAUGUUGCUGUCUGUGCCACUUGUUCAGAGCCAUUCACAAAUGCAUAUCUCAAAUCACCUUCCUCCGCUGGCCGACAGUGCUCCCCCUCUGAGCUGGCAGCAAACAUCUUCUUCUUGUUCUCAUGUGUACACACAGAAAUAACAAUGCUGUGGACCUAGCAAUGCUAAACCACUCUCUACUCUGUCUUCCUGUGGAGGUGGAGGGGAGUGUCUCUGGGAAUUAUGUCUGGCAGGGGAUCCCCAGGUGCUCAGAUGUACUGAAGGGACUGAGGUAGUCAGUGAUGCAGCUGGAAACAAAAUGAUGAAAUCAUGCAGCUCACUUGGAGGUGUAAGGAGGAAGAAUCUCUGUACUUCCUGGGUGCUAUGUGCUCUUACAUUCAGUGUGACAGUCUAGUGACCACUGUCUGCUGCAGCACCCCCUUGGGAGCUUAUGCUAGACAUUUCAGCCUGAGAAAGUAAAGCAUCUUAAAUCCCUGUGUCCCCAAAUACCAUCUGUAUACCUUGGUGCUAUCCCUGUGACUCUGUCUACUUUUUCAUCUUCUGUAUGAUUCUGGCUUUCUUAUGAAUAAGGAAAGAUUUUAUAACUGUAAUAAUGGGUGCUACAAGAUUAAAGACUGAUGUCAACUGCUGUUCCAA